UACAACUUGUUCUUCAUUGAUGAUAUUUUCAGCAGAUCUGAAGGUUAUGAGAAUUAGGUAGCAAGAGUUGAAGGAAAGUUAUGUUUUUAUUUAAGGAAAUUUGAGUCUUGUGCUCCACAUUCCAUCUGGGAUGAGCUAAAGCAUUCUUUCCAUGAUUUUUCAAUACUUUUGUACAGUCAAUAAUUAAUGUUAAAUCUAUCACCAACAAGUGAAAUUGUGUAUUCAGAAUAUAGAGCAGGUUACCUGCUUAUUUAUCUGGAAAAUAAUGUAGUUAGCCUUCACUGGGAUUUUGUUGUAAAGUUUUAGAUGAGGAAGUAAUAGUCUGCUUGGGAUGAUGGAAAGAAAAAUCCUUCUUCCAGGUAUCCCAAGGUUAAUAUAUUUAAGUUGGUCUGAAGUGAAUAAACCAUAUAUGUUCCCUAAUUUGAGGUUCUGUUAAGAAUUCCACACAAGAGCUAGGUUCUUCACUCAAUGGACAAAAAGAUAGGAAGGGUUAAAAUCUCAGAUACUUUGAAAACACUUAAGGUCAAGGAAACUCUUGCAUGAGGGAAUGUCUCUAUUGCCAAUGCUUCCUUUUUAAACUACUCCCUCAGUUGCUAGAGCAAUUCCAUUGGUCGUGGGUGACCAGGUUCAGUGAAGUCCUUUUUCACCAGAGAAUUAUCUUGAACCUGUUACUUCUAGAUUGCUGCUGGACAUUUUGGGUAUGACUUGCUUAUAGUCUCUUGUCUAAUUAAGUUUCCCACUGUAGAAGUUAGAAAUUCACCAAGAAUGAAAAUUGAAUUCAGGGGACCUGCUAAUGGGUGAAUACCGUAAUUGUGAGAGAGAAGAUUAACUUUUAACAUUUUGCUGACAGUGUGCUUUUUUAUCUGAAGUGAGGUAGAGAUAAGAGACUGCAAAUGGCUGCUCUCAAUCAGAGAAGGGAUUGGCUUCUCCCCUUUAUGUAAGUCCUCAAACCAAGUGCACCUUAGUACAAAGAGGGUACUACUUAUUUUCGUCAUGUAAUGAUAUAUUAUUUUUGAUUGCAGACUGCCUUUAUAGAUUGAAUAAGAGGUACAAUCAUUGCCAAGCUGACCAAACUGGAGACUAACAAAAGCUGCAGCUCAUACAGUUAUUUCCUGUUCCGCUGUUAGUUGUAACUGUAGGAGUGUGUAACUGUGUAGCUUUAAAAGGCAUUGGUACAAUUAUGUUUUAUUACUCAUCAGUUGCUACAGAUAGUGAAGGUUCUAUAAAGAAAAUAGUCAAGAUCCUGAAUUAGAGGUGGCACAAUAAGAAACUUCUAAUUUAGUUGUAAACUUUUAUUUUGUUGUUUUCAGGUCAUAUUGAAGCCUGAAAUACCUAAUCUGUAGUGCCUAAAGAUGAAGGAAUUUCUUCCCCUGAAGAAAUUAGAUACACAGUUGCUAUUGGAAGCAUUUUAUCCACUUCCAAUCUAAGAUUUGGAGUUCUUUUCUUCUAUAUUACAAGAACUUAAAUUCUGUAUCCCAUUCCAUUGAUGAAAUCCUAACCCUGGCUUAAAUAUUUUCAACAAACAGUUGGAAAAGAGCAAAACUUCUGAAGGUUUGCAGAAGACAAUAAGAGAACCACCAAGAAGGCUAUUGCAGUCUUGUCAGUUCCAGAAGUCUGGUACCAGGACUGCCACUCCAGCUUCCUCAUUGCUUCUGGUGCCUGGGGCAUAUCCCAACGCUGUUUGCCUGUUGAAUGUGUGGAGAGUCUCCUUCUGAAGACAAGUAUCUCCUUUGUGUUUGAGCACCUGCCACUAUAUAAAUACUCAUCAGUUGGAAUUUACUACUGCCAAUAUGUAUCAUUCUGUGACUGAAACCAGUCACCCUUUGCAAACAGAGGAACAAGAGAUAGGCAUUGAUCCCUUGCAGAGUUUUUUGAACAAGCCAGGGGAAGGAGGAUCAAGUGAAAAUGGAAGCACACCCCCCACCUCAGAUUCAGAUGGAACUUUUACGUCUUACAGUAAAGAAUGGGAAGAACUAUUUGUAAACAACAAUUACUUGGCAACUAUACGGCUGAAGGGGAUUAAUGGGCAGCUGAGAAGCAGCAGGUUCCGUAGUGUUUGCUGGAAGUUGUUUCUGGACGUUCUACCGCAAGAUAGAAGUCAAUGGAUUAAAACCACUUCAGACUUAAGAACUUCUUACAAUAAGAUCAAAGAAAUUCACAUUACAAACCCUCGGAAAGCAGGACAGCAAGAUCUGAUAAUCAACAACCCACUCUCUCAGGAUGAGGGGAGUCUUUGGAAUAAAUUUUUCCAGGAUAAAGAGCUUCGAGCAAUGAUUGAACAAGAUGUGAUGAGAACCUUUCCUGAAAUGCAGUAUUUCCAGCAAGAGAAUGUAAGGAAAAUUCUUACAGAUGUUCUGUUCUGCUACGCCAGAGAAAAUGAGCAGUUGCUUUAUAAACAGGGCAUGCAUGAACUUCUAGCUCCCAUUGUCUUUAUCCUACAUUGUGACCACCAGGCUUUUUCACAUGCCAGUGAAGCUGCACAACCCAGUGAGGAAAUGAAAGUUCUUUUGAAUCCUGAAUAUCUGGAACAUGAUGCCUAUGCAAUGUUCACACGUCUUAUGAAAACAGCAGAGCAUUGGUUUUCAACUUUUGAACAUGACAGUCAGAAGGAGAAAGAUGUGAUGGUAACACCUAUGCCCUUUGCAAGGCCACAGGAUUUGGGGCCAUCUAUUGCUAUUGUAGCAAAAGUAAAUCAAAUUCAGGAUCAUCUGCUGAAGAAACAUGAUAUUGAGCUGUACAUGCAUCUGAACCGACUGGAAAUUGCUCCACAGAUUUAUGGACUGCGAUGGGUAAGGCUCCUGUUUGGACGUGAAUUCCCUCUUCAGGAUCUUCUAGUUGUCUGGGAUGCUCUAUUUGCUGACAGUAUCACCCUGAAUUUAGUUGACUACAUUUUUGUAGCCAUGUUGCUGUAUAUCAGAGAUGCCUUGAUUUCAAGUAAUUAUCAGACCUGUUUGGGACUUCUUAUGCAUUAUCCACCUAUUGGAGAUGUUCACUCCCUUAUCCUAAGAGCACUUUUUCUCCGAGAUCCAAAGCGAAAUCCAAGACCAGUGACUCACCAGUUCCAACAAAAUUUAGAUUAUUACAAAGCACGUGGAGCAGACUUGAUGAACAAAACCCGUGCCAGUGCUAAAGCUGCCCCUCUGAACAUCAACAAAGUUUCCAACAGCUUAUUGAAUUUUGGCCGAAAGCUCAUUGCUCCAGCCAUGGCUUCAGGUGGGGCAGUGGGCACUCCUGCCGGCGGGAGCAGCUUCCCUCCCUCUUCAAUGCCAAGCAGGAGCACGGUGGAAGCCCCUCAGCACCAGCAGCAGCACCACCACCACUACCACCAGUCACAGCAGCAGAGGAUGAUGAAGUCUGAAAGCAUGCCAGUUCAGCUGGGCAAAGGCCAAAGUUCAAAAAACAUCAGUUCAUCUCCAAGCAUAGAGAGCUUGUCUGGAGGACGUGAAUUUACAGGAUCUCCACCUUUGUCUGCAUCAAAAAAGGAUUCCUUUUUCAGCACCAUCUCUCGCUCACGUUCCCAAAGCAAAACUAUGAGCAGAAAAGAGUCGGAGGAGGAAUUAGAGGCCCAGAUUUCAUUCCUACAAGGACAGCUAAACGAUUUGGAAGCCAUGUGCAAAUAUUGUGCAAAGAUGAUGAACACGCAUCUUGGAAAUAUUCAGGAAGUCAUUUUGCAAGAACGCUUGGAAAAAGAAGAUGAAAUUCUGGUUUCCUUGGCUGGUUUGAAGCAGAUCAAGGAUAUCCUGAAAGGUUCAUUGCGUUUCAACCAGAGCCAGCUGGAAGCUGAAGAAAAUGAGCAAAUCACUAUUGCUGAUGAUCACUACUGUUCCAAUAAUCAGAACAAGGGGGCAGGUGAUGUCCUAAAGGGACCUGUCAUGACAAAGCAACAGUUCAUCUCAGGACAACAGACUACAGCUGAUUCGAGCACUAGUGAGAGCAAGAGUGCUGAUGACUAUAUUAUGGUUUCCAAAGAAGAGGAAAGAAGUAAAAAUGCUGUUCCAGAGCCGGUGCAGGUCCCUCAGGCACACAAGGAGGCAGCAGUGAAGCCAGAAGCUCCGUCUCGUUCUUCUUUGAUAUUUUCUGACCCUCUGAUGGGUUCCAUUUCAGCCUCUUCCAGCAACCUGAGCUCCAGCCCUGAUGACGACAGUAGUAAUAACAGCAAAGAUUCUGACUUUGCUAUUGUCAGCCCACUGGACAUCUAAAGAAACAGGUUGGGAGAGUUCGGGAAAUCUGUCAUUACAACUCAGCUCUGAUUUCUGUGAUUCCACUGGCUGGAUAGUUCUUUGGAUUAUGAGGACAGAAAAUAGAUGAAGGUAACCCAUUUCAGCUGCCAAAAGCCUAGAUUAAAAUAAAAAGGCAAACAAACAAACAAAAAACCCAUAAAUUUGCUACUUUUAAAAAAUAAUAUAUACAUUUUAAUAACUGCCUUAAAUAAAGACCCAGUAAAACCCAGUUCUAAUAUACAGUUAUUAUUAAUUAUGCUGUUACCUUACUUAGGAGCUUUGUUACUAUAGAACUAUUGCUUUCCCAAAUCAUAGAAUAGUAUAGGCCAGGUACCAUAACGGAAAUAUGUGGAUACUUGGCAUAAGACCUGAAGCAGCAAAGACGGGCUAGAUUUAAUAUUGUCCUUUUACAAAAUAUGCUUGACUGGGUUUUCUGUGUAGGAAAGGGUACUGUUUCUUCAGAGACUGAUUAGAGAAAUAGGGAAUGAGUAUCAAAAAGAUUAAAAGCAUCAUCCUGGUAGGAAGUUUGUUCUCCCUUGAGGAAUCCUAGUUUCUUCAUUUUCAUCUGGCAAUAGCCUGAGGUGUGUUCAGGGCAGAGGUUUGUGUAGUUGUUCCUCAGUGCUUACAGGAGGUUAUGUGACAAAGUCCUUGAGAAUGGGGACUUACACAAUAGAGCCUUAUUUGCCUUUGUCUACUUUUCCCCCUUGAGAGUUCCCAGUUCACCUCUUUCCCUCUUUGUCUACUUUUACUUCCCCUGGCAUGAUUUUUUAAAUUUUACUCAGACUACCACAGUUAAAGCAGUAGGUGCAAGGGAAGUAACAAUGAUAUAGACCUGAGCUGGUUGAACUAAAGCUAGCUCAAGUAUGAUAGCUUACCAGGGAAGGUUGCAAAGUGAAAUGAAAUGUUCAUAAUUAAAAGCACUUUAUGUCUCAUUGCUAUUGUCUUCUAUACACUCUGUUUACAUAUAUUCCUAUAUGAUUUCCAUAUUUCUAAUCAAGAGAAACAUAAUGGUGCAGCAGCGUUAACCAACAGAAAGUUUCAAAUUAACUCUGUUAUUUGUUUUUCUAUGGAAAAGUGUAUUUCUUUCCCAUCAAGUCCAUAGUACAUUUAAUAACAGCUUUUUUCAAGUAAAUAAGGGGGGCUUUCUGUACUCUCUGAUCCCUUUAACCUCUGUUGGAAUUCACAAAAAAAAACCUGGUGGUCUCCUCUUGCAGCAAAAAAAGAGUAUUAUUUGCUUUUAAGAUGCAUAUACACUAUACCAUGCAACAACUUCCUAUUUGCAUGGCAAAGCUUGUGUUUGUUGCAAGUUAUGAAAUUGUAGUUAUUUGCUGCUUAGUCUGUAAUUGUGAAUGAAGUACCCUAUCCCAAAGAUGAGGUGACAUGUAAUUUUCUGGUCUUAUAUUUUACAAGGUCUAUGUCGGUGACUGAACUGAAGAGUUAAUUGUUAUGUAAUUACGUGGUAGCUGCCAUCCUUACAUGUUCAAAAGCCACCAUGUAGUUCUUCAGAGAUGAUUUGUGCCUUGUAAAAUGUUAAAAUGCUAGAAUGUUAUGAGCAGGCAUAGCAUCACACCUCUCUGAACAGAGUGAUGCAAACAGUCAGAUGACUUUAGAUGAAAGAUCUUAAACGUAUAACAUUUUGGAGAGGUGUUUAUUUUGGUUUAAUUUUAAGCUUCAUAAAAAAUCUCUUUAGAAUUUCAGUAUGCAUGCCUGUCUCCAGUUUAUUUUAUUACCCUGAGUUUUCAUGAACGCCAGGGGAUUGGGUGGCUGGUUGAUUUAUUUAGGUCUUUCAAGCUUUUUUAGCCUCAACCUAUCCAACAAGGCUUGUGGUGCCAUCAACAAAAGGUGGCUGUUGAAGAAGUACCUGUGCAAAGAGGAAAGACAUAUUCUGGGGACAGAGAGAAAAGUUUUAUAUUCUGUGAUACAUAAACCUUCAAAGAUUCCAGUAGCUUGGCAGGAGAAAAUGUUUUUACUUCUUUUUUAUUUUUUUAAGCAUCAAUCUUUUGAUUUCUAUUCUAGUGGGUCGUUUCAGGGAUCACAUUGCUAUUUUCUUGAACAGUCUCAAUGCCAAUGGAAGAGUGUGAGUUGUACAGGUUUUUUAUUUUUGUAAAUUAGUUGUAUCUUUAAUAUUGCAUAUUUUAAAACAGGAGUAAAAUUAUAUAAAGAUUUGGGCAGUUUCUGAGAUGAAUCAGUGAAUAUCGAUGAGCUGAAUGUGUGUCAUGCCAUGGGAUAUGAUAAAAAUCUUCAAAAGCAGAGAGAUGAUUAUACAAAUAAGAUCAGAGUAACUCCAGUAAAUGAAUCUGCUUUGGUUGUGCCAUGUCCUUUCACAUCUCAAAUAUGUUGUCUCUGAUAUUUGAUCAUAGUGCAGAGAUAGUUAAAAGUAUUUUAGUAUAUUCAUUAAAUUAAAAACUUGUAAGUUAAAUGUCAAAUCAUCACCCUGUUUUGUGUUAUGUUAAGAAUAUACUGAAAGAGAAAUUGUCAUUUGAAAUACAAGAUUAUUCGUUUUCUUCAGAAAUGACCUGCUCAUAAUGUUCAUGGAUAACAAUAAUCAGAUAGAAAAUUUAUAAACAUUGCAAAUUGCUGACAAAACUAAUGCAGCAUUAAGAGUGCACAUCUGAGACUGUUUUACUGUAUCUCACAUCUGUAAUUUAUUACUUUAAAGUCUCUUGCAUGUCAUGUCAGUAUGUAUGUACUGCAGAAAGACAGUAUCAUAUUUUGACUGGGUAUUGAUUUAGUCGUGGAGCUUUGUAUCUUUACUCUGGAAGAACAUCUAGCCUGCUUUAUUAAAGAAAGAAUUAACAAAC